GCUGAAUGUAGAAAGGAGUAGUAGGUCGACCAUCUGUGUCGCCUCAUCUCCCAGUCAGUUCAAACCUAACGAGAAGAAAGUGAUGAUUAUAAAAGUGGCAUCAGUAGAAUCGCUUUUCUUAGUUAUCUCGUUCGAUAGUAGUUGUGUGUGUGAGAGAGAAGGUUAUCAUCUCCGGUCAAUCGUAGUAUCUCCGGCAUCUUUUCAGGGUUCAUUAUGUUUAGUGGAAAGAAGAGAACUGAUGGUUCAUCUGAAGUUGGUGAAGGGUCUGGUCCCCGUGAAGCUGCUCCAGUCUCAGGUCGUGGACGUGGUGGACAACACCAAGGCGGAAGAGGUUAUAAUUCACAGUCUCAGUCUGGUCGUGGAUAUGGCCAUCCACCACAACAGUACGGUGGACCAAGAGGACGCCAACCACCACAACAGUACAGUGGACCAAGAGGAGGAGGUCCUCCUCGUGGUGGUGGUCGUGGAGGUUCAUCCUCUGCUGGACUGCCACACAGACAAUCAGUUCCCGACCUGCAUCAAGCUACCCCACCAACAUAUCAAGCGGUAUCUUCUCAGCCUACUCAGAUGCCGGACCCUCCUGCUCCGGUACAACAAUUUGAACAGCUCUCUAUUGAACAAGGAGCUUCCAGUCAGGCAAUCCAGUCUAUUCCAUCUUCCAGCCAAAUUUUUAAGUUUCCAGUGAGGCAUGGUAGAGGACAAUUCGGCAGAAAAUGCAUUGUCAAGGCCAACCACUUCGCUGUUGAGUUCCCUGACAAAGAUGUGUUCCAUUAUGAUGUUACCAUUACUCCAGAAGUUACAUCAAGGGGUGUUAAUCGUGCUGUCAUGAAGCAGUUGGUCGCCAGGCAUGGUGAUGAGGACCUCGGAGGUCGUCUUCCGGUAUAUGAUGGUAGAAAAAAUCUGUACACUGCACACAAGCUACCGUUUGACUCGAACGAAUUCACAAUCGCACUUCUUGACGAGGAAGCAGGGCCUGUGGGACAUAAACGAGAAAGGGAAUUCAAAGUUGUGAUCAAGCUAGCUGCAAGCGUUAAUAUGUAUCACCUAGGAAUGUUUUUACUGGGACAACAAGCUGAUGCCCCCCAGGAAGCUCUGCAGGCUCUUGACAUUGUCCUUCGUGAGUUGCCAACCUCCAAGUAUACUCCUGUGGGCCGGUCAUUUUAUUCUCGUGAUGUAGUAACAACGAAGUCAUUGGGGGAUGGCCUGGAGAGCUGGCGUGGAUUCUACCAAAGCAUUCGUCCUACACAGAUGGGUUUAUCACUCAACGUCGAUAUAUCAUCGACAGCAUUCAUAGAGCCACGUCCUGUGACUGAAUUCGUUUUCAAGUUGCUGAAUCGAGAAAGUAGAUCCCGACAACCUUUAUCUGAUGCUGAUCGUGUGAAGAUUAAAAAGGCUCUUAGAGGUGUCAAGGUCGAAGUGACCCAUCAAGUAAAUAUGCGCCGAAAGUACCGCAUAUCUGGCUUAAGUACUGGAACCACUCGAGAACUAACAUUUCCUGUUGAUGAAAGAAAUACACAGAAAUCUGUUGUUGAUUACUUCUACGAAACAUAUGGUCUUCGCAUUCAGCACACGCAGCUACCGUGCUUGCAAGUCGGGAAUUCUAACACGCCAAAGUACCUUCCAAUGGAGGUUUGCGAGAUUGUUGGGGGCCAGAGAUAUUCAAAAAGAUUGAACGCGGGACAGAUCACUGCUUUGCUGAAGGUCACUUGUCAGCGCCCCAAAAACCGAGAAGAAGAUAUCGGGAAGACGGUAGGACGCAAUGAUUAUAGUAAUGAUCCCUAUGCUAAGGCGUUUGGCAUCAAGAUAAGUGAGUCCCUUACUUCUGUUGAGGCUCGAGUUCUGCCUCCUCCGUGGCUCGAGUAUCAUGAUUCUGGAACGGAAAGGACUUGUCGGCCACAAGUUGGUCAGUGGAAUAUGAUGAAUAAGAAAAUGAUCAAUGGCGGAACAGUUAGCAACUGGAUCUGCAUCAACUUCUCUACACAAGUUAGAGACAAUCAUGCACGUAAUUUCUGUCAGGAACUUGCUCAAAUGUGCCUCACAUCUGGCAUUGAAUUUAAUCGAGAACCAGUCCUCCCAUCAUUUAGUGCUCGCCCUCAGCAAGUAGAAAAAGACUUGAAAACUCUAUAUCAUGAUGCUAUGGCCAAGGUCUCUAAAGGAAAAGAGAUUGAUCUCCUUAUUGUCAUUCUACCAGACAAUAAUGGAUCGUUAUAUGGUGAUCUGAAGCGCAUCUGUGAGACCGAACUCGGCAUUGUAUCUCAGUGCUGCCUGACCAAGCAUGUCUUUAACACGAAUGGACAGUAUUUGGCUAACGUGGCUUUGAAAAUUAAUGUCAAAGUUGGAGGAAGGAACACAGUGCUUGUUGAUGCCUUAUCAAUGAAAAUCCCUCUGGUCUGUGAUCGCCCCACCAUAAUCUUUGGUGCUGAUGUAACCCAUCCUCAUCCUGGAGAGGAUUCAAGCCCGUCAAUUGCUGCUGUCGUCGCAUCCCAAGACUGGCCUGGAAUUACUAAAUAUGCGGGACUUGUUUGUGCUCAAGCGCCUAGACAGGAGAUCAUUCAGGAUCUGUUUAAAGAAUGGAAGGAUCCUCAGACAGGGGUGGUGAUUAGUGGUGGCAUGAUUAAGGAGCUGCUUAUAGCCUUCCAUAGAUCAACUGGUCAUAAGCCGUUAAGGAUCAUUUUCUACAGGGAUGGAGUUAGUGAAGGACAGUUUCAUCAGGUUUUGCUCUAUGAGCUCGAUGCCAUCCGCAAGGCAUGUGCUUCGCUGGAAGAAGGUUAUCAGCCACCAGUGACGUUUGUGGUGGUGCAGAAGCGCCAUCACACGAGGCUGUUUGCUCACAACCACAAUGAUCGUAAUUCCGUUACUAGAAGUGGAAACAUAUUACCAGGCACUGUGGUGGAUACCAGUAUCUGUCACCCUCGUGAAUUCGACUUUUAUCUCUGUAGCCAUGCUGGCAUUCAGGGCACUUCUCGACCUGCUCAUUACCACGUGCUUUGGGAUGAGAACAACUGCUCUGCAGAUGGACUCCAGUCUCUGACCAAUAACUUAUGCUACACGUAUGCGAGAUGCACUCGUUCUGUAUCCAUUGUGCCACCUGUGUACUAUGCUCAUCUAGCAGCGUUCAGGGCUCGGUUCUACGUGGCGCCAGGGACAUCAGACAGUGGCUCGAUGGCUAGUGGGAGCGUGGCACGUGGAGGUGGAAUGGGUGGUAGAAACACUCGUGAGACAAACGUGAACGCUGCAGUGAGGCCACUCCCAGCUCUGAAAGAUAAUGUGAAGCGCGUGAUGUUCUUCUGCUGAUUGGAUUCAGCUCUAUCUAUCUCUUAUUAGCUAUAAUGUCUCUCUCUUAUCGCCCAAAUAAAAUAAAAAAGUUGGCUUAUGCAAUACUCUUAUGUUUAUUGAAAGCGUGUGGUGUGUACUUAAUUAAUUACUGAAGUUGUCAUAAGUUUGUGGGAUUCUUUAUGUUUUGUCUACUGAAAUGUUUUAUUGUUUUAGUUUCUUUUCUUGCAACUAUUAUGUCCUAAUUCUUAUUGAUAUGGGAUUGAGU